AUGAACUCUACCAACAGCACAAUCGCCGAGACUCUUGCCACCAACAAGAACCGUUACAUUUCUGGAAUUGUAAUUUCCAGCGUUUUUCUAAUCGUUUACUUUAUUUACUUGAUCGGAUGUUUUAUUUAUUAUGGUGUGAAGAAAAUUAAAGGGUUGACAGCGUCUAUGAAGAAGAAAGAAGGUGGAGGAGAAUCGACUAUUCAAUUAGAAUCGAGUAGUAAUUUUAAUUUUGAUUUGGAGAAGAAACCACAAGAAGAAAAGACCGUGAAGGAAAAAGUUACCGAAUGGAUAGCUAGUAGAGAAUACGAUAUUGAAAAAUUUUCAUUCGUUUUCUAUCUUGUUCUAUUCGAAUUAUUCUAUGUGAGCAUGUUUUGGAUUUUCUUUGAAUUUCCAACAUCUUCCACUAGCUCACAAAUUGGUGAUUACAAGAAUUUGAUUGAUGUUGCCAUGAUGACAUUAUUAGGAUUAGGACUUUCAAUGAGUUGCAUUAAGAAUGCUCAAUAUCACACGAUUGGAAUGACAAUUUUAUUGGCAGCUUUGAGUUUUCAAUUCUCAAUAAUUGCUCAAGGAUUUUGGUCAAAGAUUAUGGAAUAUGCAACUUUGAAAGAUGCCAAGAAUGAAACUGUAUUUAAUACGGUUAUUUAUUUGGAUAUGAAGUGGUUGGUUCAUGGUUUUUAUGGAGCUUUUGCUGUUUUGAUUAGUACAAGUUGUGUGAUUGGAAAAACAAGUCCAGUUCAAUUGAUUUUAAUGGCAUUUUCAGAGGUUUUCAUUUAUAGUGUGAAUUAUUUCUGUAUUAUUUUGGUAUUGGGAGCUAUUGAUUAUGGUGGUUCCAUGUUUAUUCAUGUAUUUGGUGCUUGUUAUGGAUUGGCAGCUUCUUGGUCAUUGUACAAACCAUCGGUUUUCCAAAGUAAGGUAUUUGAAAAUCAUCAUAGUAAGGCAUCUGACAUGAUUGCAAUUAUUGGAACUGUUUUAUUGUGGGUGUUGAUGCCAUCUUUCAAUGCUGCUUUGAUUUCCAAUGCUCAAUAUCAAUACAGAGCUCAAAUGACCACAUUCAUUGCUAUGGCUGCAAGUUGUGUUAUCCAUUUCGUGGUUAUGCGUUUGCUGAGAGGAAGAUUCUCAAUGAGAGAUUUACAGAGAGGAGCCAUCGUUGGUGGUAUCUCAAUGGCCUCCGUUCAAUCAGUCAUUGUUUCACCAGGAGGUGCCUUAACCAUUGGUCUUGUUGCUGGUGCAUUGACUGGAUUGGGUUUGUGUGUCUUACAACCACUCAUCAAACAUUUGAGAAUUUACGACACUUCCAAUGUAUUCUCAACCCAUUUAUUGAUUGGUGUGUAUGGUGGUUUGGUUAGCAUUGUAGCCACAGGUAAUGCCAUUGACAAUGCAGCAAAGGUAAAAAUCUAUGGCGAUGAUACCAAGACAAUGUUUGGAUCCAAGUAUACUAAUUUGUGGGGAUUCCAAAUCUGUGCUCUCUGUAUUACAGUUGUGACAUCAAUUGCUGGUGGUUUCUUGCAUGGAUUCGUCUAUAACAAGUGGCUUUUUGUGAUGAGUCCUGAAAAGACCUUUGAGGAUUCUGCUUAUUGGAUUGUUCCAACUGAACCAAAGAAUAAGGAUGUCAAUAAUUCAGUUGUCAAUUCAGGAGAUCAAGAAUUAAUGGUUCAAUGUACUGUUUGCUCAACUAUUGAAGACAAGUUGAGAUAUUCUCAUCAAGAAUUGAAAAAGCAAAUUACUGAAAAGUUUUCUGAAUUGGAAAAGAAGAACCUCACUGAUUUGUCACUUGCCAAAGAUCAAAAUGAAAAGCAAGUUAAUGAACUCAAGGAAAAGGUCAAACAUUUAGAAGAUCAAAUUCAAAAUCUCAUUAACUCUCUCAACAAUUCUCAACUUGAAUUGGCCAAGAAGGAAGAAGAAGAACGUAAACGUAGAGAAUUGGAAGAAAAGAUGAGGAGAGAACAAGAAGAAAAGAAAAGACAAGAAGAGGAAGCCAGACGUAAGAAGGAUGAAGAAGACAGGAAGAAGAAGGAAGAAGAAGAUCGUUUGAGAAAAGCCCAAUUAGAGGAAGAUGAAAGAAAGAGAAAGGCACAAUUAGAAGAAGACGAACGUAAAAGAAAAGCUCAACUCGAAGAAGACGAAAGAAAGAGAAAAGCCCAAAUUGAGGAAGAAGAACGUAGAAGAAAGGCAGAAUUGGAAGAGGAAGAACGUAGAAGAGCUAAAGAGGAAGAGGAAAAGAAAAAUGCAGAACUUUCUCAAAUGAGUAAGGUCAUGCAAGAUCUCCUUUCCAAGUCAACUGCAACAGAAGAUGAAUCUGGUACUCGUUAUCAAUCAUUUGAAGGAAUUAACGUCGAUUACAAUGUCCUUUCAGUAUUUGACAUGUUGAGAGGUGAAGAAUUACUUGGAUUUGAUGAUUCAAUGGAUAAUUUGGAUAUGGAUGUUGAUGAUGGUGAUACAGACCUCUCAGAAUAUGAAAAGCUCCAUAAUCACAGUCAAAAGAAGUCCAGCUACAUUGUUCUCUAUUAUAAGGAUGGAAAGAUUAAUAACAAGAUGCUCUUCUACAAGAAGGGACUUCGUUUCAAGGAAUUCAUGCCAGAGUUGACUGAUGACAGCAUGUUCCACAUUAUUUUCAGAGUAAGAUGUAAGGAAAGUGGAGGAAUUACUCUCUUCAAAUAUAUUGUCGCCACCUAUGCUGGUGAUAACAUCAAGGCCAUGCAUAAGGGUAUCUUGACUGGUAACGGAAAUACUUUAGGUAAAUUCUUUGGUAUCAUUUCUUAUCAAGUAUUGGAAAGAGAAAAGAUUAAGGAAGAAGUUAUUGAAAAGAUGAAGAGUUCUGCAACUGGUAAUGUUCAAAAGAUGACUUUUGUUGUUCAAUAA